UCCACUUGAAUGGGCGCUCGCGGCCGCGCAGCGCAGCCGAGACCCGGGAGCGCGUUCCGCCGGACAAGCGCCGGAGCAGAUGCCAGCAGACACCAUGACCCAGAGCAGGGUGCUGCUGCUUUUGCUGCUCUUGAUGCCUCAGCUGCUCCUGGGACUGAACACUGAGGAGGAUGAGUUUGUGGAGGAGGAGCCUGUGCUAGUCCUGACCUCUGAGGAUCCACGGCCUACCUCAGGCCCCAUCGACUGUCCCCGAGAUUGUUCCUGCUCCCAGGAGGGGGUUGUGGACUGUGGCGGCAUUGACUUGCGGGAGUUCCCAGGAGACCUGCCUGAACACACCUACCGUCUGUCCCUGCAGAACAACCAGCUGGAGAAGAUCUACCCUGAGGAGCUGACUCGGCUGCAGCAACUAGAGACUCUGAACCUCCAGAAUAACCGUCUGACUUCCCAAGGGCUCCCGGAGGAGGCAUUUGAACAUCUGAACAACCUCAAUUACCUGUACCUGGCCAAUAACAAGCUGACACUGGCACCAAGAUUCCUGCCAAACACCCUGAUCAGUGUGGACUUUGCUGCCAACUCCCUCACCAAGAUCUAUGGGCUCACCUUUGGCCAGAAGCCUAAUUUGAGGUCUGUGUACCUGCACAACAACAAGCUGGCGGAUGCCGGGCUCCCAGAGAACAUGUUCAAUGGCUCCAGUAACGUGGAGGUCCUCAUCCUGUCCAGCAACUUCCUGCGCCACGUGCCCAAGCACCUGCCUCCUGCCCUGUAUAAGCUGCACCUCAAGAACAACAAACUGGAGAAGAUCCCGUCUGGAGCCUUCAGUGAACUGAGCAACCUACGUGAGCUGUACCUGCAGAAUAACUACCUGACUGACCAGGGCCUGGACAAUGAGACCUUCUGGAAGCUCUCCAGCCUGGAGUACCUGGACCUGUCCAGCAACAACUUGACUCGGGUCCCAACUGGGCUUCCACGCAACUUAGUCCUGCUGCACCUGGAGAAGAAUGCCAUCCAGAGUGUGGACGCUAAUGUGCUGACCCCCAUCCGCAACCUUGAGUACCUCCUGCUGCACAACAACCAGCUGCAGGCCGAUGGCAUCCACCCGCAGGCUUUCCAGGGUCUCAAGAAGCUGCACACGGUGCAUCUGUACAACAACUUGCUGGAACGUGUGCCCAGUGGCCUGCCUCGCCGAGUGCGCACGCUCAUGAUCCUGCACAACCAGAUCACCGGCAUUGGCCGUGAGGACUUUGCCACCACCUACUUCCUGGAGGAGCUCAACCUCAGCUACAACCGCAUCACCAGUCAGCAAAUGCACCGGGAUGGUUUUCGCAAGCUGCGCCUGCUGCGCUCACUCGACUUGUCUGGUAAUCGCCUCAACAAGCUGCAGCCCUGUCUGCCCCGUAAUGUGCAUGUGCUAAAGGUCAAGAACAAUGAGGUGGCCACCCUGGCACGUGGGGCAUUGGCAGGCAUGAGCCAGCUGCGGGAGCUCUACCUCACCAGCAACCGGCUGCGGAGCCAAGCCUUGAAACCAGAAACUUGGGCAGACCUACAGCAUCUGCAGCUGCUGGACAUUGCUGGGAAUCAGCUCACAGAGAUCCCUGAAGGGCUUCCUGAGUCUCUUGAGUACCUGUACCUGCAGAACAACAAGAUUAGCAGUGUGCCUGCCAAUGCCUUCCACUCCACACCCAACCUCAAGGGGAUCUUCCUCAGGUUUAACAAGCUGGCCAUGGGCUCCGUGGUGGAAAGUGCCUUCCAGAGACUGAAGCAUCUGCAAGUCUUAGACAUUGAAGGCAACUUUGAAUUUGUUGGAGCUCCCAAGGACCCUGGUUGCUUCGACGAGGAAGAAGAAGAGGAGGAAAAAGAGGAAGAAGAGGAAGAAGAAGAAGAAGAAGAAAAGAGAUAGUGAAGUGGUGAUACCUAUCCGACCUUGGAUGAUGGACCACUGGAUUCCUUUCUGCAGCACAGGCCUGUGCCCUGCGAGCCCCAGUUCUGCCAUGCUCAGCAUUGAACCCAUGGGGGUACCCUGCAUUUCACAGAUCGAGCCACCCUCCAAACAGUCCUCUCCAGUCCAGGCCACCACUGCUGCCACACCUGCCCUCUGAGCCAUGCAGGCUCCAGAAGGGUCUGGCACACUCAGGCGGUGCCCCCCUCCUCCCCCCCCCCCAUUGUCACACGGAUGUUCCACAAACACAGUCAUGUGCAAACAAUCCUCCAUGGCCUUUGUCACUGACAGCUCUUGCUCCCAGCCAGAACUGGACAGAACAGCUCACCCCCUGCCUUGCACACUGUCCAUCUGUCCGUCUGUCCCCUGGAGAAGACACCAUGGACGAGAGCCUCUCCAUGACUUGUCCUGGCUGGCCACAAGUGCUUUCUGAUGGACAAGCCCACUAGGACAGCAGGAGGCUUUUUAGUGCUCCUGGGGACCUUGGGCAAGAGUGAGGUGAAGACCCUGCAGCCAGGAGGAGCCAGGCAGGAGGGGCCCAGAUGCUCCUAGGAGACAUUCUGUUCUUUGGGUCUGCAGGGAAAUUUUUGGUGCCUUCGAUUUUGUUUUAUAAGGAAUUUUUUUUUGUAAAAAUGUUAAAGUCGAUUUUUCUUAUUACAGAAAACUAA